AUAAUUGUGAGCGAUCGUUCUGUGAAUACGCGCAUGUACUUUUUUGUUUUGUGUCAACUCUGGAACAUGAUAGAAUUCAAAAAAUUAAUUUGCAUAUCAUCACUCAAUAACUAGGACAAUUAUGGUGGAUUAUUGGGAGUCGUACACUGGUUCAUGAAGUGAUAUUGAAUGGCUCAGUUAUGUGAUAUGGCUCAGGCUUCUGCUUGGUUACCUCUCGUUAGAGCCUCAGCGAUUGGAUGGGUACCGAUCGCUCAGCAUCGUCUUCCGAAAAACGUGUGCACAAAGGAUGAUUCAAAUCAAGAUAUUUAUGAGAAGAAGGCAAUUAUUAAUGUUAGCGGUCAGAGAUUUGAAGUACUUACAAGCAGUUUGAAUCAGUAUCCGCAUACGUUGCUUGGAUCAGAUGAGCGUGAUUACUUUUAUGAUGAGAAUAGUGGCGAAUAUUACUUUGAUAGAGAUCCUGAAAUAUUUCGACAUAUAUUAACUUAUUAUCGUUGCGGGCACCUCCAUUAUCCUAAGAAAGAAUGUGUCAUGCAGUAUGAAGAUGAACUUGCCUACUUUAGAAUAGCAUCAGAAGCUCUAGGUGAUUGCUGCUACGAAGAUUACCACGACAGUAAACGUGAAAAUUCAGAGCGUCUACUGGAGGAAAGAUCGUCAACCAAAGAGAAUGCUGAAGUGCCAAAAGAUUUUCGUAACAGACUUUGGCAAGCCUUCGAAAACCCAGAGUUUUCUACUACUGCGAUUGUCAUUUACUACGUAACCGGCUUUUUUAUUGCUGUUUCCGUGUUUGCCAAUAUUACGGAGACUAUACCUUGUGGGCCAGAACCUGGGCUAAGUAAACAACGGGCUUGUGGCGAUCGGUACAUAGAUGCCUUUUCAUGCCUCGACACAGCAUGUGUAGUCAUAUUCACUGUAGAAUACUGCGCAAGAAUGUAUGCUGCGCCAAAUAGAUGGAAGUUUUUUAUAUCUGUUAUGAGUAUAAUAGAUGUCGUUGCAAUAUUACCGUUUUAUAUUGGCUUAUUGAUGCCAGACAACAAAAGCGUUUCUGGUGUAUUUACAACGUUACGAGUAUUUCGAGUAUUUAGAGUGUUCAAAUUUUCUCGUCACAGUGUUGGUUUACGAAUACUCGGCUACACUUUGAAAUCAUGUGCGUCAGAACUGGGCUUUCUUCUAUUUAGUCUAACAAUGGUUAUUAUUAUUUUUGCUACUGUUAUGUAUUAUGCUGAAAAAUCGGUUGAAGGGACCACUUUUUCCAGUAUUCCAUCAUCAUUUUGGUAUACUAUCGUCACCAUGACUACACUUGGUUAUGGAGAUAUGGUUCCAGAAACAAUAGUUGGAAAAAUUGUUGGUGGUAUGUGUUCACUUUCUGGAGUGCUUGUAAUUGCUUUACCUGUUCCCGUUAUUGUAUCAAACUUCUCUCGUAUUUAUAAUCAAAGUCAAAGAUCUGAUAAAAGACAGGCACAAAAACGUGCCAGACAGGCAAGAAUAAGAUUAGCUCAACUCAUGGCAACUGUUAAUGCUUGUGCAGAAAAAUCCGGAAGUCCAGAGCCGUCAGUUGAUGAAGAUUACGAUGGUGAUAAUGAAACAAAGAAAUCCGCCUAUUUCGAAGUCAAAACAGCCACAUCAUACUCAUCUACUUCACCCGCGUCAAUAAUAAAUGCUAAUCAGUCAACAGGUAAAGAUCAAAGUUAUGAUACAUCAAGAAAUUCAACAGGCAGUGAUCUGACAAUCAGUUAUCAAUCAAAUUUAACUCGAAGUGGCUCAUUAACCUUAUUAAAAAAUAAAAAAAAGAACCUUGUUAAUGAAUCAUGCGUUAAAACAGAUUAUUCAGAAUCAGAUAAUAUGAAUCAACAGUUUGAACAUAAUCUUUCAACAUCUAACCAAUUAGUCUCUGGAGUAGCGAAAGAUACUUCUCCUGGUUCAAGUCAUAUAAUUGUUAAGAAAGACAAACUAUAUGAAACAAACAACUUAUCAGGGAGGAAUAACCAUCAUUUAUUAAGACAAACGCACUGUAAAGUCUUGCAUUCUUCUAGUCUCAAAUUAAGUAAUAAACGCAAGAUAGUAGAUCGUACAUUAUCUCUUAAUGAUGGACGGCAAAGUCAACAAAGAAAAGAUCAAAGAAUAAGUGUUGAAGACAAGAAUAACAAACCGUCAUUCCUACCUAUAUAUAUUCACCCAGCUAGCCAAAGCAGUUUCUCAGAUUCAAGCAUGGAUAAACGAAAACACUCAAAUGAGCAGCAGAAACAUACAACAAAAAACCAAAAAACCAAUAAAUGUAGGAGUUCUCACAAAACCAAACUAACAUUUGAAGAUCUCAUACUAUUACAGCAAAAGCAUUUAAUGGAUUGUUUGAAUGUGGUGACGGCGAGAGCAACAAUCAAUGAACAAAGAGAAUCAAACAGUCAUUUACAUGUUAAUAAUCCUUUAAUUAGUGCACUGGAACAUGGAAACUUUAAGCAUCAUAGACGUCUAACAAGUGAAUCUAUUUCAAAAAUCUCCCGUUUAUUGAGGGUAAGACAGUCUAUAUCAAAAGAUUUGUAUGAAAAUAGAAGAUCUACAAGUAAUCUUAAGGACUGUAAUAAUACCGAAAAUAAUAAUGCUGGGGUUGGAAGUAGUGACCAUAUGUCAAAUGUUGAUAAACUAACUGAAAGCCAAUCUGCCGUUCAUCGUCGUGAGUCUAAUCCUUUUCGUCAUUUGCAAGUCUUCCGUCUACAUGGCUCACGGAGUCAGCAUCCAUCAGAUCGUCGGUGUUCAGCAAUCCAUUUAACGACAUUUUCUAAACGAAAAUUGAAUCUUCAUAAAUUCAAACAUAACCACGGUUAUCAUAAUUUUUAUAAAAAAAUAAACUGUUCCACAAAAUCUGAAACUGAUGAUAAUCAUAACAAUAAAAAAAUAGUGAAUAUGAAAGUCGUAAGUUCUUCACAAAUACCAGACAAAGCUGACAUAAUGGACAUAGAUGCGCAUUCUCAUAAUGAUAAUUCUACCGUAGAUAACUCAAUCUAUCCUUCCUAUAGUGAAACAAAACCGUUGUUAGAUAAUUCAAGGUUCACUUAUAGUGAUGAACUUGGCUUGAACGAUUUGUUAAACGAAAAAACUUUUCUCACAAGGGAUCCAGGUUUCGCAUCAAGCCCCACUUGGCCAUCUUUUAGAUUUCCAUCAAAUUCUUUUCAAUCCAAAUCCAACUUUAAUUUUACUGAUAAGUCAUCCAAUAAUUAUGGGAAGUCACUUAAUCCGUUUGACAUUGAUAGUUGGUCUAAUGAGCAUAAUCUAGUUAAUACAGCUGCCGUACCUAAAUCGUCCUUCAGUGCUGCGGUUUAUCCGGACUCUGUGAUAUUUUGUACAAGUUUCAAUACAAAAGCAAAUGUUUCAUCUCAGUCAUCAUUUGUACAAUCCAACCCAAUGUGUUCGUCGUUGGAAGAUGAAAAUCUAACCGAGUUUGCUAGUGCACAGUCACAUAUUUCAAUCACAUCUACAUCACAUCAGAACAGUUCGUCGAAUAAUACCACCAAUAAUUAUAAUAAAAAAAUAAUCACCCACUCUCAAAACUGUCCAAAAUUAUCGUUUCCUACUGAUAAGAGUUUGUAUAAAAGUCAUAUUAGUUAUGCAAAAUUAAGUCCCAGACUUUCAUAUUCAUUUCCCCAUGAAUUAUAUCGCAAUGUUUCUCCAGAUUUGAUAAAACAAUGCGAUAAUCCACUUAAAAAUUCUCCCUCAAAACUUGUAAAAUCGAAUACUGAGAAUCUGACUGAUAUACAUUCAAGUAAUGCUUCUGUGAAUUCCGAUCGUCCAGUAUCAUUAUCAUCAUUUAAACAGCAAAAGGAGUAAUUAGGUAUUUGCAAAAUCAUUACAGCUGAGUAAAAUUGAAGUAAAUUAUCCCACUAUCUUGAUGUUAUUAAAUAGAAAAUAUCCAUCGUUCACUAACUGGAUUGGUUGUCUAUUCACGUAAUGAGCAGAACUAAAUGAAAUAAUUCUUUUUACAAAAGUUUUGCAUUCCCAAUUAGAAGACAUGGUGAUACAAUCAUAUACUGGUGUAUAAAUCCCCG